AAGAUAGAUAGAUCAUUAUAAAUUUUUUGCAUAAUUCCAAAAAAAAAGAAUUAUUCAUAUAUUUAUUUAUUGAAUUAAUUAAUAAGCCUUAAUUAAUAUACAAAGUAGUAGCUAAAACGGAAAGAUUGCACAUACAUUUUCACAAACAAACAAACAUAAAAGCAAAGAAAUACUUUAAAAUAGCAAUCCAAAUUAAAAGGUUAAAUCAUGCUAAAAAACAGCGAUCAGUACAAAAGAACUAGGAAAGACCACGUGCUCAACAAUGAGGCAAUCAAGUUAAAAAAGGAAUAUUGCGAAAAUUGUUUUGUCCAAUUCAAAAUAGUUAAUUUAAAAUUCUCGCACAAUUGCAAGAGAUGCUUUAGAACAGUUUGUCACUCUUGUGGAGCAUAGAGAGAGAAGAUUAUAGGAUGCCUCGAAAAACCUGAGCAAAACCAUAGAAUUUGCAAUAUGUGCAAAGAAGAGAGAAAUUAGAUAGAAUACUUCAUACAAAAGCACAACUUGAGAUGGGGCCAAUCCUCCUAAAUUUGCGAUAGAUGGCUUGAAUCACUUGGACUUCUCUAAUAGAAAAAAGAGCUCAACCAAGAAUAUCAGGUUUUGGCGGAUUAAAUUAAAAAGAAUUGGAACGAAUUUGAAUUGAAAACACCAGAAUUAGCGUAGGUCAAGAAAGAUUUAAAGGAUUUCCAUGCAUGUGCAAUUAAAUACAACUAUUCUUUUUGCGAAGUGUUAUUCUGUCUUUAAGGAGAUAUGUCAAAUGAAAUAAUUUCUUAAGAAAUCUACAACAUCAUGGUUCGUUUCCUCUUCAAAUUCCCAGAAGUAGGCUACACAAGAGAAUAUUUAAAAAUUCUAACUUUUCUGAUGUGUUUCUGCACACAACAGGAAGCAUAUUUUAUUUUCACGAACAUAAUAUACUACGUAAUACCUCCUCCUCUCUACCCAAAAGAGGCAAAAAAAAACAAAAUGGAGACAGUUGAAAAGUAUCUACAAUAUAUUAUCGAUGACAUAGUUGACCAAAAGGGGUUCGGAGAAGAAAACAUCUUGCUAGUCAAAUAAUUUCUCUCCGGUAGUUAUUUCCUUUACUAUUAGAGCUUUUUCAUCAAUUAUCUGCAAUUCUAAGUAUGCUUUGCCAUGAUAGACAAUAUCAUCAUGAAGAGAGAUUUUAAGGAAUUGGAGAAAUAUAUCAAAGCUGUUUCUUUUAAGCAUAUUGUCAACAUGAGAUAGGUUGGCUCAAAUACCGACUAGUUGAAUGAAGUUAUCUUGAGAUGGACCACAAAAAUUAGUGAUUUAGAUUAAAUCAUUGCAAAGAAUUUCAAAAACAUUACUCACCAAUACCAUUUAGACUUGAUUGACAAAAAUGAACAUAAUUUGUAAAAAAAACAAUCUAAUAAAGAUUAAUCAAAGACGAUAGAUGAAUUAAAAGGGGACUUAGAAACUAUGAAUUAAUAUUCCAAGGCUGUUUACGAUGAUUUGUAAAAGAAAAUUCAGGAAUUCGAUACUCUUAAGGCUGAAUAGGAUGUCACUAGAAAGGAAUAUGAGAACUUAAAAAGAGAACUUGAAAAUUUAAAAAAGGAACCUAAGAAAACUUAAUUUGAUGAAUAACAAUUUAACCAAUUAAAGAGCUAAUUUGAAAAAAAAUUAAAAGAACUUGAAAAUGAUAAUAAAAAUUUGAAGAUUGAGGUAUUUGAAAAUAACAUGUAAGCAAUGAAGAUGAACAAGUCUCGUGAGGAUGAAUUGAUGGCAUUGAAUAAAAAAUUACAGGAAGCACUUGAAAAUCUUAAACAAGAGCAAAUGAAAGUAAAGAGUUUGCAAAGUGAGUUAGAUUAAAUGAAAAAAACAUUUAGCGAAAAUGAGAAAAAAUAUGUUGAAAUUAUAAAUCAAGAAAGAAUGAAAGUAAAUAAUUUGACCAGUCAAUGUACCAAUCUAACAAAUCAAUGCAAAAUGAUGUAACAAAAAUUAUAAUAGUAAUAGCAAUAGACACCAUAAACACAGACAUUUUAGUCAUAAUCGUAGUUUUCUUCUUCUCCUCAAUCUUAGGUUUUGUAAGUUCCAUUAUCGAAUGGGCAAGAGUCUAGCAGAGUCGGAAGUUCUUAGACACUUCAGCUACCCAAAAAUAAUUUAAGUAUUCAAACAUCACCAAAUAAUAGCUCGAUAUCUACUCCUAGACUGCCUUCUUCUCCUAAUGAUUCGAAGUAGAAUAGUAUGACAGCCAUUCCACCUUCUCCUAAUGGACACUCUCCCACUAGAAGCAGCUCUACUUCGAAAGCAGAUCCUCUUGUCUUGCAAGUAUCUUAAUAAUAGCAAUAGAUAUAAUAGUAGCAAUCAAUUAUGAACUAAAUGAGAUAAAAAGGUUAACAAAUUUCUUAAUAGUUGAUGCAAGCAUAAAAAGAUCUUUAGCAAAAAGACAGCUAAAUUAAAGAAAUGGAGUAAAAGCUUGAAACUUUUACUAAAAAAAUAGAAUAAUAGUAAGGACUUGAAAAACAAUGCUAGAUGCUAAUGGUAGUUCAAAGAGAUGCAUAAUAAAAAGACAAUUUUAUUAGAGAGAGGGAUUAAAAAAUAUAAGCAUAGAUGAAGAAAAUUGAAGAAUUGCAAGAAGAACUAGAAGGAAAAGAUAAACAUUUCACAUCUUAUGAGAAUAAUUGCAAAAUUACACUCGAUAAAUUCAAAUAAGAUUUCAUUGAAAAGGAUUAGAAAAUCGCUGAUUUAGCUUAAAAACUUCAGAAAGCUCAGCAAUAAGUUGAAAGAUUAAUCACCCAAGCUAAUACUUAGGAAAAGAAUUCAGAGUAACUGUUUGAAAUGCAAUUAGGUUAGAAAUAGGCUAGCAUAGAAUAAAAAGUACACAUUAUAAGGGAAAAAGAAGAAGAAUUAAAUCAAACAAAAAUUAAAAAUGUAGAAUUCUAAAAGUAGUUUAAAAGCUUGGAAAAAUAAAUUUAAGUUUUACAAAAUGAGAAGGCAGAAUUACAAGAAAAGAUAACUAAUCUGCAGGAGGAAAUAUAAAAUAAGGACUAGUUGCUUUAGAAAUUUUAAGAGUCUAUUAGCAGUCAAGAUUUCUUUAACGAAAAGGAAAAAAUUUUAAUAGAUAGAGAAAAACAGCUAUCUGCUAAAAGUUAGCAGCUUGAAAAAUAAAAGUAAGACCUUGUUGUUAAAAGUGAGGAGUUGAAAACACAAGAAGAAAAAUUACAGCAAUUAGAGAGCUAAUUGAAAGAGUAACAAUUGCAGCUUCUUGAAAAAUAAGAAGAAAUCUCAGAAACACAAAAUAAAUUAAAAUAACAAGAAGCAGAGCUAAAGAAAAAGAGUAAUUAAAUUCUGAGUGGCUAAGAAUCUCUUGUGCAAAAAUAAGUACAAUUAUAAGAAAAAGAGAAUUAAUUGUUGUAGAAAGAAUCAGAAAUAGUAAAAGAAAAAGAGGAAAUGAACAACUAGCUGACAAGCAUUACAUCUUAAAAGAAGUAAUUGGUUAUUUAAGAAGCAGCGUUAAACAAAAGCAAGGAGGACUUCAAAACUAAGGAAUCUAAUUUCUCCCAAAAACAAAAAUACUUGUAAGAUUUGUAGAAUAAAAUAAACGAAUAGCAAUAAGAGUUGGUCAAGCAAAAGGAGAUUUUGCUAGAAGAAAGAAGAGCUGUCUAAAGUAAACUCGGAGAACUAGAUACAAUAGGAAAAUCUGCUGUAGAAGAGGAGUCUUUGAAGAGACAAAAACAAGUCAAAGAUUUAGGAGAAUUCCUUUAAAAGAUGGAAACUAAGUUAAAAGGAGUCCACCAAAAAAUGAAAGAAGAUUGUGAACUCAUAAGCAACUAAAUUGGAUUAAACAUUGAUCUGGUUGAUGAUAACUUCAAUAAUCUACAAUAACAAUAAGAAGUAUAGGCAAAUUGA